CGCGCGCGCACACACACACACAGAGUAAAAGAGACAGAGAGCGAGAGAGAGAAAGAGACCCAGGACGUAGACAUUAUUUAUCUUCAGUGCCAUACGGAGUUCUGCGUGUUUAGUCACCACACUCGAGCUAAGAACAAGUUGGAAUAAGGAGCUUUGGCAGCAGUGGGUGCUGCUUUAAUAUAAAUGCAGUUGUACAGACGGGAAGUGGAGCUCCAUCGCCUCUGACUCAUUUCCUUCACUGUAUUGAAAACUGAGAAACAGCAUGUUUGUCUCUUUUUAGCGUGUGCCACUGUAAAAGCCUUGUACUUUGGCUUAUGCAAAAUCAUGAAGAAAUGGACAGCUAGAACAAAGCCAUGAUGGACAAUCCUGGAUUGAAAAUCCUGUCAUUUUCCACCUCCGAUGCCAUUUUGUUUUGUAAAGCAACUUAUAAUAGACCAUAAAACCCACAAUCCAUUUGGCAGGAACAAGCCAAGCCAGAAGUGAAUUCCUGUUACUGCGGUGGUUCCUUUAAAUCUUUCCUCUGGAAAAUCCACCCCGAGGUUUAGUCUGCCUUAACCAUGAUGUUGAGAAGAAAACUGUACUUAGGUGCUCUGAUAGGUGCUAUUCUGUUUUUAUUGAUAGCUGCGCACACCAUUCAGAAGGCCAGUGUUGUGCCCAUCACAGCUUUACCCACAGCUUUACCCAGGGAUGUCAGGAUACCAAUGGAGAACAAGACACCAUUACAAACAGUUAUCACAGAUUCAAGACGAGUCGUUCCAGGUCGUUCCUGUAACUGUUCUCACAACUGUAUAGCAGACAAAGGUGUGUCGGAGUGGUUUGACCAACGCUAUGAUCAUAAACAGCAACCUUACCUCACCGGCAGGAAUGAUGACAUAGAUCCACUUUCUCUGAAGUGGUGGCUGUCUUUGCAGUCAUCUGAUGGAAUGAUCAAGGACGUCACCCAGAAGAUGUUUAAGAUAAUUCCCCCUCCACCUGAGGACAAAAUGCCAUGGCAGAGACCGUGCCGGACGUGUGCAGUUGUUGGAAACUCAGGGAAUCUGCUGAGGUCCAAAUACGGAGCCUUGAUAGAUUCCCACUCAUUUGUUAUUAGAAUGAAUAAGGCCGUGACUGUGGGUUUUGAAGAGGAUGUUGGUAACCGAACCACCCACCACUUCAUGUACCCAGAGAGUGCGAUCGAUCUGAGACCUGAUGUCCAUCUCGUCCUUCUUCCCUUCAAACUGAAAGACAUGCAGUGGUUAUCCAGCGCUCUUUCCACCGGAGAGAUCAAAAUGACGUACAUGAGAGUGAAAAAUCGUGUGGAAGCUGACAAAGACAAGGUGAUAGUUGUAAAUCCAGCCUUCUUUAAGUACACACAUGAUAAAUGGACAGAGCGUCAUGGAAGGUACCCAUCCACCGGGAUAGUAGCCAUAAUGUUUGCUCUACAUCUCUGUGAUGAGGUGUCAGUGUUUGGAUAUGGGGCAGACAAGCAAGGAAAUUGGCACCACUAUUGGGAGUACAACAGAUAUGCUGGUGCCUUUCGAAAGACGGGCGUCCAUAACGCAGACUUCGAGACUGAGAUCAUUCAGAGGCUCAACAAAGAGGGCAAAAUCAAACUGCACAGAUGAGCCUGGCCUUUAUUACAUGUGGCCUUUAUUGACUUGGUACAGCUCAAAUCCAUGCAGAUGCAGGGCCAGGAUGCACAGCAGCUGUAUAAAAGCCAAAGAGACGCAGAUCUGUGAUUCGCCGUACCAUUAAUUGACCACUGUGAGCUGCACUGAACCAAACCCAUAGACAUCAAGCUGUAGUCUUAAGACCAAAUGAACUCUUCCUGUUCUCUCACAGCAUUUAACUUGCUACGUGCCUGAAGAAAAAGACGGAUGUUGCCCCCCCCCCCCAACUUUGAAGAAGAUGAACAGUAAGCAAAACAGCAUGAUCUGAGCCUCCUUGUGUACUUCCUUUUUAUUGUAACUGUUCUGUCUAUCCUCUCACAGUGUCUACACUGCAGGUUUGCAACAUGACAAAACUAGUUUCAUGCAAAAUCAAAAAAGCUGUGUACACUGCAAGAAAGAUGUUGAUCCGCAGCGGGUACUCGCUUGCAGACAGUUUUCACUGUGUUAAAGCCUUAAAGUCAACACCAAGCUGUUCUUUUUUUAGUUCAAAAUAAUUUUAUGAGAAAAGGGGUGGGGCUUGAAUUUAUCAUUGGUAGUUGGUGUUAAAAACCAGAUGAGACCAUGUGGUACUUGGUUGGAGACCAAGACUUUUUAUUUUUAAAUAUAUUUUUAAAGUCAUACAGUUUCGGAACGGAAUGAGGGUGAGAAAUGGACGACAGUAAUUUAUUUUUGGGUGAACUAAAGUACCCAUGGUCCGUUUAAAUUUCAUGUUUACUUCAACCUGCAGUGCAUUAAAUCUUUUUAGAUGAGAAGCUUGAAAAUAGCAAAUAACAAUAGACAUGUUUUUAAAAGUCAUAAAUUAGUUGAAUAGUAUUAAGACAUUCACAAAUGUUGUUUUAGAUUUCACCUCGGACAAUUAUGGAGAUGCUCUGACAUUGUUCAAGUCACCACACAUUUCGUGUGUUUAUUUUGAAAUGACUUUUCUCACCUCAAAGUUCUGUCCUAAUUUAACCAAAACACUUGCUGGAAGAUAUAUUUGUCACAUAGAGUUGAGAAAUCACAUUGUAGAUUUCAGAGAGUGUGUUGUUUGCUAUGGUGAGCGUUGUUAAUAUCAUUAUAAACCUCUAGACCAAAGCCGUCCUUAUAGUGUUCUCAGUGGUCUUAAAAUGACUCUGUGAACUCGUUAAACAGCCUGUCUUGUGAUUAACAGUUCUGGAUAAUGAACAUGCUGUAUUUCAUAUCAUACAUCUUUGGUCCAUUAUCAUUCUUUUCCUGAAUUACAAUCGAUCUCUGUUUUGUUUUUUUGUUUUUAUAUAGUUGAAAAUACUAGUGGUAGAUGAUAUGUCCCAAACCCCCCCCCAUCGGUUCUAGUUUGCAUUAUUGUGAACUGAAUUAAGGUCUGUGACCAGAUUGAAACAUGAGUUAUAAUUUCAAUGUUUGUUGCCAGCUGUUAUCAAGCUGCCAUUUGUUCUGUGACUUUGUUCUCAAAUGUAUUUUGGCUUUGCAUUCUUUGCUUCAUGUCAAUCAGUGGCUUUCACAGUUUACAGAGUUUGUAUGAAGAGGAGAUAAUAUGAACACUCAAAUCAAGAUAUCAUUAUGGAAGAAUUAUAGUUUGGACAACAUUUGGAAAGAAACCGAUAUUGAAGUGUGUUUUAAAAAUCUAUUCAGAAACAGAACCAAAGCAUAAACAAUACAAAAAUGUAUUAAAUUCAAAAGUCACAGGACCGUAUAAAAAAAAUGGUAUUGCCGCAUAAAUUAAAAAUACAGAAAAACAUACAAGCCUAUUUUUGAAUCAGUUACACAAUACAUAAAUAUCUCACAAUGCCCUAGUAUUUCAUUCAGGUUCUGUCAAAAAACACAAUUUAAACUUGUAAUACAUGACGGUUUAUAUUUAUGGUCCUCUAAUGCAAAAAGAGAUCCAGCUCACCAGUUAAAAUGGAGUAUUUAUUCCAUCUCCCCGCUGGAAAGAUGAUUUCAGAGGAGUCCAAGAUGUUGAGCGGUGAUGUCAAGAAAAACUGUGGCCAAAUGACUUUUUAUGGUUUUGUUUACAAGUCAUAUUUAACAUGUUUCCACACAUUUAAUAUUCCCUGGGUGUGACAUGAUUUAAAAAAAAUGUCUUCUGCCACAAGUAGUUCUCACUCGAAGCACUUUAAGAGGUUAGCUCAUAUUCAAAGCCCAUCUAGCUGAAUGGGAUGGCUUGAUCUCAUUGUACUGGCCAAAUUGUGUGGCGCGUGCACAUCUUUGUAAGCUUCUAAGUUCAUGAUGUUUUGUGUGAACCUGUGAUUAAUCUGUGGUCUGUUUUCAAUUAAACCACUUAACCAUU